AUGGACACCAGCUCUGAAGAAGCCGCUCAAGUGAUUGCCCUAUUGCAGUCGGGGAUGCGGCAGUGUGACGUUGCUCGACAGUUGAACCUGUCCCGUUUUUCAGUUCGACGGGUGUUCCAACGUUUUCAGCAGACUGGUGGUUAUGUUAGAAAACCGGGAUCUGGAAGAAAACGGUGCACAUCAGAAAGAGAUGACCGUUUCAUCGUUACGACAUCUUUACGAAACCGUUUUACAAAUGCUGUUGAGUUGCAACAACAGCUUCGAUCAACUCGGAGAACAUCUGUGAGUGUUUCUACGAUAAGAAGAAGGUUACACGAAAAGAGUUUAACAGCCCAUAGACCUGCUAAAGGUCCAAAACUUACUGCACAGCAUCGUAGAGAUCGCCUAGAUUUUGCUCGCAAUCAUUGCGAGUGGACUCUAGAACAGUGGCGGACCGUACUCUUCUCUGAUGAGACGAGGGUCUGUCUCUUCUGCAAUGACAGACGUAGAAGGGUCUACAGAAGACAGGGGGAGAGGUUCACACAACCCUGCUUCGAAGAAUCCGUUGAAUACGGGAGUGGCUCGUGUAUGUUUUGGGGCGGCAUUUCCGUCGACGGGAAAACGGAACUUGUGUGCGUUUCCCGGACUCGGGGUGGCCGUGGGCAAGGUUCAUUAAAUGCUGGUCGGUACAUUACUGAAACCUGGAGGAACAUGUGGUCCCGUAUGCUGGUUAUGUCGGUGAUGGAUUCAUGUUAA